UUUCUGGUUUCAUGUGAGCUAUUGUGGCUACGCUCAGUAUUAAAAUAACCUAAAAUAAUUAAUAAAACUGUUUAUAAGUUAUAAACAAUUAUGGCAGAAACAAUGAGACAAACCGUAGCAACAAUAUUGAAAAGUAUCGAGAGGUACAACCCUGCCAAUCUUCAAACUUUAGAAAGAUACGUGGAAAUGCAAUCAAGGGAAAACACCUAUGAUUUAGAAGCAAAUUUGGCAGUAUUGAAGCUGUACCAGUUUAAUCCUGAAAAGUUCAAUGCGGAUAUAACGUGCCAAAUCCUUCUGAAAGCGUUAACUAACUUCCCGCACACAGAUUUUACACUAUGUAAAUGUUUACUUUUGGAGUCAGUGGUUGAAAAUGAGACUAUUUCUCAAAUUAAGUAUCUAGCUGAUAUUCUGGAGCAGUGUGACUUCACACAAUUUUGGAAAAGAGUUCAUCAAAUGCCUGAACUUUGUAACAAAAUCAGCAGUUUCCAUGAUUCAAUCCGCAAGUUUGUAUGUCACGUAGUUGGCAUUACAUUCCAAACCAUUGAUAAGAAUAAUCUUGCUGAACUUCUUGGUGGAAUUGAUGAUGUGACUGUGAAACACUGGGUGAAGAAGUAUGGUUGGAGGGAUGAAGGAAAUUUGAUCUUUAUUGCCAAUCAAGAUGAAAACAUCAAGACUAAAAACAUUACAGAAAAAAUUGAAUUUGAUCAUCUGGCUCCUCUCAUGGCGCUUUUGUAAAAUAUAUUUUCAGCAAUAAAAGUUUUUAAAUAAGAAA